AUGCGUCUCACACUCCUCUGCCUGACGGCCAUAGCAGGCACUGCACUCGCCGAUUUCUUGAUCGGCAACUGCGCCAGCAGCGGUAUCGAGAAGGGCACCUCCACCCGCAACGAAAUCGCCCUCCCGGGUGCCGAAGUCGAUUGCAAUUACAAAUCCGUGCCGAAAGAUAAAGACAUCUGCGAUGCGAGCCUGACCGAGAUCAGAACUCACAACAACGGAGGUGUAUGUCCCGGCAACGACGACAAUCGCUCUCUGAGCUUCUGUGGGAUUCCACUGCAAGGAACGGGUUGUCCGGAUUCUUAUCAGAUGAGUAUGCAGACAAUCCACCCUCCCUUCACACUAAGAAGUUGUGAAUACUGACGGGUUUUCUGGCAUAGAUACCCGAGAUGAUUGUGGCGACGCAGCGCUGAAGUUCAACAAGCUUCCCGAGGAUGGCUUCUUCUAUGCGGACUUGAUCGAUACGGCGAAGAAUAACAUUGCUGUGGGGAGGUGUGUCUAUGAGGCUGCCGCUGGGGCGAAGAAGGUGGAGACUUGUCCUGCGAGUGGGAAGGAUGAGGAGGAGAAAUGUGCGACCUUUAUUAGGUGUUAUACGGGGAUGUAUGGGAGCCAGAACUGUUAG